AUGACUGCGAAGCUUAGGAAUGAGAUCUCUCGAUUUCAACAGAGGAAUUUUGAAGGUUUUAGUGAAGCAUGGGAAAGGUUCAGAAACUACUGGUCUCAAUGCCCACAUCAUGAUUUCACCAAGGAAAAUCUGAUCAGUACCUUCUAUAGAGGAGUUUUACCUAAGUUCAGAAGCCAGCUGGAUACUGCUAGCAAUGGUUUCUUUUUGGGGAUGAAUAAAGUAGAUGCUGAGGAGCUUGUAGAGAAUAUGGCUCAGAGUGAGUCACUCUACAGUGAUGACCAUGACAGGAGCAAUAGAAACAGUGGAGGAGAUAAUCAAAACACAAGGAGAGAGUUGAAACCUCUACAAGAUAAGAUGGAUUUGCUUCUUUCAGACAGAACCAAACAAGAGAAAGUACACUUUGUUGGUGAACAUAAACAAGAGGAGAUAGUUGUGGUUAAUGAAGUUGAUGGUAUAGAAGGUCAAGAAGAGCUAUGUUUCGUUAAUGCUAAUGGGACAUGGUACAAGAAGGAGCCUCACUUUCAAUACCAAAACAACUACCAGCAAAAGCCCUUCUACAAUAACCAACAAGGAAGUUACCAAACUAGCAAAAACUACUCUCAAGGUUUUUCCUCCAAAGGAAAUCAGUCUACACAAGGCCAAGCCGAAUCUUCUACUUCUGCUCCACAAGAAAGUAGCACUGAUGUAAUGCUGAAACAGAUCUUGGAGUCUCAAACUAAAAGUGAGAAGCACAUUGGAUAUGAGUUGAAGAACCUUCACACCAAAGUUGAUGGAAACUACAAUGAUCUCAACAACAAAUUUUCAAACCUUGCCUCUCACUUCAAGGCUUUGGAGAAUCAGUUUGCCUCUAUGACUUCAACCUCCAAGCGUCCAAUGGGAUCUCUACCAGACAAAUCAGAGCAGAAUCCCAAAGAGUAUUGCAAUGUUAUCCUCUCUACUACUUCUUCUGAGAUUGAGUUGAGUGAUCAUGAGAAAGAGGUGGAUCAGAUUUAA